GUCAUCGUAAAGUUCGGUGGUGCGGCCAUCACAGUCAAAGAUGGAGAGCCCGACACGCUAAACGACGAAGCCCUCGGAGCUUGCUGCGCUUCGAUCGCGGAGGUGGUGCGGACAGAAAUAUCAGAACUGGCGAUAGAAUUUGCGAAAGAAUCACCGCUCAGGGUUAUCGUGGUGCACGGCGCUGGAUCCUUCGGCCACCCGCAGGCGAAGCAAUACGGCGUGGCGGAUGGCGGGGACAUGGACGGAGAUCCCGUGCUCAGGGAGGGCGUUGAUAAGACCCAGGCAUCCGUUCGGAAGCUCUGCAGGCUGGUGUGUGAUGAGCUAACUUCACACACAGCGGGGAGUCGAGCAUGGGUGAAACCCGCCCCGAUAUCUCCAUACGGCAAGUUCUUCACCGUCGGCAAGAAGCUGAACCGCAACCUAUCCAGAGGUGGAUUUGAUGAGGUGCGGGCCGCGUUGAUGGAAGGAAAGAUCCCGGUGCUUCACGGCGACGUGGUCAAUGAUGCCGAGCAGGGUUGCGCGAUUUUAUCGGGAGAUACGCUGGUGGAGUGUCUCACGGAGGAGUUCAAGCCCAAGCGCGUCGUGUUUGUCUCCGACGUCGAGGGUAUCUUCACAGCCAAACCG